GGAAUCAGCGAGACUCAAGAUGAGGAGCCUUUCCCUGCUGCUGUUGGUUGCAUUAGCAUCCCUGGGGGACAGUGAAGAGGGUAGCAAGCAUCAUGGUCGAGUUAAACGGGAGUCCUUGAUACGUUCCAAAAGAAGAUGGGUUUUGUCUACAAUAGAACUACAAGAGGAAAUGGACGUGAAAUACCCAUACAAAAUGACUAGGCUGCACAAUAUAAAGGUUGUCGGGAAAGAUCAUCGGUUUUCACUAAGGGUAGAAAGUGGGGAAAACGGGCUGUUCAGCAUUGAUGAAACAACAGGAGAUCUUUUUGUACAUAGACGUAUUGACAGAGAGAAGACAUCUUCCUUUCAAAUUGUAUUUGAUGUCGUGGACAAAGCGACCAACAUGGAAAUUGACAAAGAACUAUCUUUGGAUGUAGAAGUAAAAGACUUAAAUGACAACGCACCAAAGUUCAUUAAUCUUGUGAAUAAAGCCAAUGUAUGGGAAAAUAUAAAACCAGGAGAGUACCUGCCAAUAUCAAUGGAGAUCAAAGAUGAAGAUCAGGAAGGCACAAUAAAUUCAACAGUUGUGGUCAAAGUGGCUAAACAAACACCAGCUGAACCAAAGAUUGGAAUAAAGAAUGUUAUUGGCCAAACAUACCAACUCACAUUUGAAGGAUGUUUUGACUACGAUAAAGCAAAACAGUAUUCAGUUGUUAUUUUAGCAUCUGACAAGGGAAAUCCAGCCCUUUCUAGUUCUGCUACUGUCACACUCAAUGUUAUUGACACAAACAGCCAUCAACCAAAGUUUAAGCAGACACAGUACCAAGUUGAGGCUAUGGAAAUGACCCUCUAUAAGGAGAUUUUAAGAGUUGCUGUAGACGACAAGGAUACUCCUGAUACUCCUGGUUGGAAAGCUGAGUACUACUUUAUAAGCGGCAAUGAAGAAGGAAUCUACAAUAUUACCACUGACCCCAUAACAAACGAGGGAAUUAUUGGUAUUACCAAGGCAAAGAAUUUUGAGAUAACCAGUUUGGUAAAACUGCAAAUUGGGGUUAAAAAUCCUGAAACCAUGUCACUCUGUAAAGAUGGAAAAUUAAUUACAGAUUCAAGCCAGCUUCCUCCUCCCGAUUCUGUUAAGAUCACAGUGAGAAUGAAUGACACUAACGACCCCCCAGAGUUCGAAAAAUAUACUGACACUGUACACCAGAAAGAGGAAUCAGAGCCAGGAAAGUCACUGUAUACUCCUAAAGUCCAUGAUGUUGACUCUUCCAACAUCAGGUUUGAACUGAGAGAAGACCCUGCUAACUGGGUGACUGUUGAUAAGAAAACAGGACAAAUCACAACAAUCAAGAAGAUGGAUAGAGAGUCACCGUUUGUUGAUGAAAAUAUUUACAGAAUUGUUGUUGCUGCAAUUGAUGAUGGUGCACCUCCAGCCACAAGUACAUUUACCCUCAAUGUUCACAUCGGGGAUGAAAAUGACAACAUUCCCACGCUGGUCAACAAGACAGUCGUAUUGUGCAGAAACCUUACUGAUAAGGUCUCAGUGCCUGUGAAGGAUGCUGAUGCAGAUCCUUUCAGUGGACCCUUCAUGUUCUCCUUGGCAAAUGAUGACACUGAGUGGGAAUUAGAAAGUACCUACGGUGAACAGGUCAUCCUUGUUAGUCGGAACAAGAUUCCCUAUGGUAACUACUCAGUUCCACUGGUAAUUCAGGACAAGCAGAAUCAAGCUACAAAGGAGACUCUGAGAGUGGAGGUGUGUGACUGUCGUAAAAGUGGUGUUUGCAGUGAACAUAAACCUCCUGCCAUUGUCCUUGAUGGAGCAGCCAUAGGACUAAUUAUUGCAGGACUGCUUGCAUUUCUGUUACUUCUUGCCAUUCUUGUGUGCAAUCAAGUUCAGAAGUUUCAACAUAUAGAGAAAGAUGAAGGCACUCAGACACUGGCCAUGUACAACGACGAAGGAGGUUGUAGUGAUUGCAAGACGGACCCCUUAAACUGGACACCAGAUGGCAUGAAGUUUUCCUACAUGCAGACUGAGCCCUUGAACCCAACACCAGUGAGUUUAGGCAGUGUCGCAGAUGGCAUGAAGAGGUCCUACAUGCAGAUUGACCCCUUGAACCCAACACCAGUGAGUUUUGGCAGUGUCAAAGAUGGCAUGAAGAGGUCCUACAUGCAGAUUGACCCCUUGAACCCAACACCAGUGAGUUUUGGCAGUGUCAAAGAUGGCAUGAAGAGGUCCUACAUGCAGGACCCUAAGGCAGGAGUUUUCUAUGGUAAAGGAGUGCACAACCCAGAAAUUUACAACUGGAACUCAGACGUGGACGUAAUGCAGCCGUGGCGGCAGAGAACCGGUCUAAGAAGCACUAUCAGGAAUUUUCCAGAAGUGUGAGGACGAUGAUGAGGAAGCUGGGGAUG